UGGGAGGAGGAAACUUGUGUGAGUCAAACGUUGGCUGACACUUUGCUCAGAUUGAGGUGAAACCACCAGACUCUGGACUGGGACCUACGAGGGCUCUUGAGGAUCCCAGAUGAUCAUCAGGACUGGGAGACAAUGGACCAGGUUUGGAGCCACACUCUGGACUUUUGGGGAUAAGAACUUGAACAUUUAGAACAGCAUGGAAAGCACUGAAGAGUCUUGAUAUUUUCUACUAGUGUGUCCCGAGAUGAUAGACCUGUUGUGAGUUUCCCACCCACUGGAAUUCUGCCCUUGAAGUCUCACAAACUAUUCCAGACAAAGAAAGGUCUUCAGUGUAAGUUGUUAUCUUGGAAAAGAGCUCAACUCUGGAUCUUGGCUCUAAUCACAGGGACUGCGCCCAGUAGAGCUGAUAAGGUAAAAGGACAAAAAUCAAUACCUGGAAAAUCUGAACUCGCCACUCCGUAACCAUGAGUGAAGAAAUGGAGAUAGCAGACGAGAAAGACUGGCAUGAGCUUGAACCCAGUGACUCCAUCAAAAUCUUCCUGACAGUCCUUUACAGCCUCAUCCUAGUGACGGGCAUCGUGGGUAACUCGGUCACCAUCAGAGUGACACAACUGCUGAAAUGUAAUGGCUACCUGCAGAAGAAUGUGACCGACCACAUGGUCAGCCUGGCGUGCUCGGACUUGUUGGUGCUGCUCAUCGGCAUGCCGGUGGAGCUCUACAGUGCUAUCUGGUUCCCGUUCUCAUCCGCAUCAGGCAACGCUUCUUGUAAGAUCUACAACUUCCUGUUCGAGGCUUGCAGCUAUGCCACCAUCCUCAACGUGGCCACGCUUAGCUUUGAGCGCUAUGUGGCUAUCUGCCACCCGUUUCGCUUCAAAGCCCUGGGUGGAAGACGCACCUCUGCCCUCAUCACCUUCGCCUGGCUGGUGUCCGUGCUCGUGGCCUUGCCGUUGCUGAUCGCCACAGGAAUGCAGGGACACAUUCCCUUCCUAGCUGAUACGCCCGUCCAGAAUCUGACUUUCUGCACAAAUCUGAGGGAGCGCUGGGUGAUGUACAGGACCAGCAUCUUUGUGGCGUUCAUCGUCUACAUGAUCGUGCUGAUCUGCGUGGUUGUCAUGUGCCGGGCCAUGAUCCUCGUCCUUCGAAAACCUAUUGGAUCUGUGGAUGACGGUAUCAAUGGGACUCAGAGGGCACGCAAGCACGAAAGUUCAAAGGUCAAGAUGGCCAGGAAGCAGACCAUCAUUUUUCUUGGUCUCAUCGUUGGGUCCUUGAUGGUCUGCUGGCUUCCCAACCAGAUUCGUCGUCUUAUGAUGGCUGCCGUGCCCAAGUCCCGCUGGACUACUUUCUACUUCAAGAGCUACGUCACUCUCCACCCUGUGGCCGACACCUUCUUCUACCUCAGCUCUGUCAUCAACCCGUUUCUCUACAACCUCUCCUCCCGGCAGUUCAGGGAGGUUUUCGUCCAGGUGCUGCGGUGCCAGCUCACCAUCGAACACGCCAACAAGCGCACCGUGCAACAAUCCCACGCCGUCUCUUCGCGCUCCCUCCGGCCCCUGCUAAAGUCUUUUCGUCGCAACAGGGAUAAUCAGUCCACACUUGGACAAAAAACCCCUCCAACCUUCACAACCUUUCAUCAAAGUGACUCAGGAGUGGCUUCAAACACUCAGACGGCUCUCAGCAUGACCGAAGAGUCUGAUUCAGUCCACAAAAUAAAGACAGAUGCACCAUCAGAGACUGAAAUAUGAUGUGCUGUACAAUUUAAUGCAACACGGUGAAAAGAAAGUAAACAGGGAUGCUUGUGCUGUGCCAUCAAAAACAAAUAUAGAGGCAUGUUUAUCCACAGUAACCACAGUACAAAGAGUUCAGUCAGGAAUUUCACUAAGGGAUCGCGUUCAACGGACAAUUUGGCACAAUAGCAAUCGUGAUGAGACUCCCCAAAGAGACAUUUAACUUGAGAAUGUGAAAAUGUCAUGAAGUCAUAAAAUGAUAAUAUAGUUUCUGACCACUGGUGGCGCUGUGGAGCACCAUGUCACUGAGCAUCUCGCCCUUUCCGACAGAUCAGUUAGCCAGGUGACACAUGACGCUUUCCUGUUGACUGCACAGUGUGUAGUGCAAACAACAAGCUAUCAGGACCAGCACUGAGCUGUCAGGUGACUUUGGCAUCCAGAAGGACUUUUCACAUCCACAUUCUUACUAGAACAUCUGUAAAAUGAUGUUCUAGUAAGAAAUGAGUCUAGGUUUGACAUACAUCAUAAAAUAACAGUAGUAGUAGUAUCCUCGCUGUUCACUGUGUUCAAGUAUUAGACUCUUAAAGUCUAAUACAUAAAAUGACAAAUUUUUGUGGUCUGAUUCCCCAUCAAAGGUUUGGUUAGGCUUAACCGCUACAUGGUUUGGGUUGGAAUACUUUUUUUUUCUUGUUUUUUUUUUUUUUAAGGUUAUGGACUUUUGUCUGUCUGGUUA